AGUUGGAGAUCUGCAGGUACAGACCGUGACGUAACAAGGGGGCGGGGCUUUCAAUAGAGAAGAACUCAGGCGAGGAAACCGAAGGCCAAGUCCCCAGUAGCUCGCCGUGAUCGUAUAGUGGUUAGUACUCUGCGUUGUGGCCGCAGCAACCUCGGUUCGAAUCCGAGUCACGGCAUUGCGAGAGCAGUGGCACGGCAGGGGAUUUGGUUUUUAUUGCUGUCCUCCAUUUUUAUUUCGAGUUUGUAACAACAUUCUCGAAAAUGGAUCCCAGUCCCCUCGUGCCAGUUGGAAAGGACGUUUACGUCAUGCCAGCUCUGGCUAAAUUGGACCUCGGAAGAAUAUAGGCUUCCUGUUACCGCGGCUACGCGCUAUACCGUUCACUGGAGACAAAGCACAGAGCGCUCACAAGGCUAAUAAGUGUUGUCAUAGGCAUAUAUAUGAAUUUCCAUAGCAGCGCUGGAAGAGGACUCCCGAUAAUAAUAGGAAGAGAAGGCUUCACAGAGGAGGUGAUUUUUGAAGUAGCUCUUAAAGUCAGAAAAGGAAUUUUCCGAGCAGCCAGGAUAAUCUCGUGUGCACAGACUCCUUAUUUUAUGGUGUAAUGCUUAAAAUGCAAGACUUUGAAUCUGGCAAACCUCACCCAAGUCUCAGAGAGCCUUGCUGUGAUGACCUCACCUCCAUAUCCUUGGUUCAUAGCAAGUUCCUCGGCUUCCACGAGGUGCUCAACAGCCUGCUUCCAGGAGUCCGUACCCUGUUGGCAAUCCUAGAAGACUAUGCGGACCCAUUUGACGUUCAGGAGACUGCUGAAGGCCCAGCAGGAGCUUCAGGAGCUCCAGAGAAGGUCCCUGAAAAUGAUGGCUACAUGGAGCCCUAUGAGGCCCAAAAGAUGAUGGCUGAGAUCCGGAGCUCCAAGGAGACAGCAGCUCAGCCCCUGCCUCUGUAUGACACGCCCUAUGAGCCAGAGGAGGAGGGGACCACCCCAGAGGGUGAGGGGACCUCCUGGCCCCGGGAGUCCCGUCUGCCAGAGGAUGAUGAGAGGCCCCCUGAGGAGUAUGACCAGCCCUGGGAAUGGAAGAAGGAGCGGAUUUCCAAAGCCUUUGCAGUUGACAUUAAGGUCAUCAAAGACCUACCUUGGCCUCCACCGGUGGGACAGCUGGACAGCAGCCCCUCCCUGCCUGAUGGGGACAGGGACAUCUCCGGUCCAGCCUCACCCCUCCCUGAGCCCAGCCUGGAGGACGGCAGCGCCCAAUUUGAAGGAUCUGAGAAGAGCUGCCUGUCACCUGGCCGGGAGGAGAAGGGGCGGCUACCUCCCCGACUCUCUGCAGGGAACCCCAAGUCAGCCAAGCCCCUAAACGUGGAACCCAGCAGCCCCCUGGGGGAGUGGACAGACCCAGCACUGCCUCUGGAAAACCAGGUCUGGUACCACGGGGCCAUCAGUCGAACAGAUGCCGAGAACCUGCUCCGCCUGUGCAAAGAGGCCAGCUACCUGGUGCGCAACAGUGAGACCAGCAAGAAUGAUUUCUCCCUGUCCCUCAAGAGCAGUCAGGGCUUCAUGCACAUGAAGCUGUCCCGGACCAAGGAACACAAGUACGUGCUGGGCCAGAACAGCCCGCCCUUCAGCAGCGUCCCUGAAAUCGUGCACCACUACGCCAGCCGCAAGCUGCCCAUUAAGGGGGCCGAGCACAUGUCCCUGCUCUACCCUGUGGCCAUUCGGACUCUGUAGAUGUGAGGGCGGGCACUGUGACAAAUCUGGACCCAGCCCCGUGCCCAUCCCCUGGCUGAGGGCUGUGGUCCUUCCCAGGGACAAGUUCUGUCAAACCUUUCUUCCCUUCUCCCUGAGAGCGAGUGGAAGCUGGAGAUUCCUUAAUUUAUUCUAAAGGGGAAGCCCUACUGGGGCCUUGGAGUAAAAAGGUUGUCGGAGCUGAGGACAGAGGAAUCCCUGGGGAGAAAGGAUAGCCCCUGGAGGAAGGGGACUUCAGAUCCGCUGGUGUCCUGAGGAGUUUAAGAUCUGCAGCUCCCCGCCAUUUUCGCCCUUAGGGCACAGAUGGCGACCCCCCCACCCCUUCCCCACCACCUCCUUCCCCCUGGGUCAAUGCGGGGUGGGGCAGGACGCGGUCCUGCGGGGCGCCCUGGCCAUCUCUCCGCCUCCACCCCCACACCACCGGCGGGCUCCGUCCAGAGUCUGGUGAGGGGCUUGGGGAAGGAAGACCCCUAGGGUGGCGAUAGCAUUGAAGGUAGGGAAAAGAGGGGAAGGGCUCGGGAUGGAGGGAACUUGCGCAGUCCCCGAGCCGCCCCGGCUCUCGGCCAGAUGCAAUAAAUAAACCCAGUCCUGCCAGGCA